UUUUUGCCAGUUCUAGCUCCAUCAAUACAAUGCUGAAUGCUGAUUUCAGCAAGCGGACCUAACCACCCUUAGCUCCAGGAAUUCGUCUAGCUAUAUUUUAUUGUCAUAAUGUAAUAGAAAGUGCAUUCAUUCGUUAUUAUUUCAUCGGAAUCAGUUUUCGUGUGUGUUUCCACACAUACGGUGAAGUAGUUAUCAAUAUUUUCCCACUUACUUAUUGAUCUCUUGCUCUUCUUGCCCCCACUGCAGGAAAAAAAAUGUUCUGCUGUAAACAGAGCGGUUGCAUGAUGAAUCUUCAAUUUACAUAAGUGCAGUUGCUCCUGAAUUUGUGAAGAUGGACUUAUGCUUUUAAAGUUUUGCAACUAACAACUGUUGCAAUCUCCACCCUAGUUACGCUGUAAACAAUGCUGCAAUACGAGAUGAAACCGAGACUCUUGAUCAAAGAGUAAUCCCUUUUCUUGAAAAUUCGGCCAUCAGAAUUUUGGCGAAUGAGUAACAAAAAGCCUAGGCUCAUUGUAGGGGGAAACUCUAUUCAGAGUAGUUUUGACUUAAGAUCAAAUGUGUCUUCUUUCUCGGAGCCCUGCUCAGAUGUGAGUCUGCUGGAGGCCAGUAGCUACCGUUCUCUCCAAUUCCCAGACAUCAGAUUGACCAGAUUAGAAAACGAUGCCAAUUGUUUGAAGUACCUGCAGAGCUCGUACAAGGAGCAGCGUUACAAAUCCCUGUAUUACAAUUCAGACAGCGCAGCACCAUCAGAAAGUGAAGGAACUUGUGAUGAGUCAAGCGAUAGUGAGUACAUCUUUAGUGAUGAAGGGUCAUCAUCGUCGGACUCAUCAAUCGAAAAAGUGACGAAAGUGAAGGUUAGUAACUGUAAGGUAACUGUUGGUAACUGUGAAGUUCCCAACAAAGCAUCGCACAAUGGUUUUAAUUCCUUUAAGGUUUCUCAGUUGUCAGGCACCACUAUUGACAAAGUUUCGAAUCUGUUUCUGAAGUUGCCUGUUGUGAGACUGGUCCGGUUGGAAAAUGAUGAGAAUUGCUAUAAGUAUUUAAAUCAUAACUCAAGGUUGAAAAUGCCUGAAGAGACAGUCGACAAAAGGUUGAAUCCAAUUGUCAUAAUUCCCAACCCGAAUGUUAGCGGAAAGCGCAAAACAUCCUUUAUGAUAAAAAAACCUGUAGUCGAGGGGAAGACUCCCUCAGAAGAAAGUAAAGACAGCUGUUAUGAUACCUGUAUCAAUGAUAGUGACAGCUCUCUUGCUUCGAGCAGUUGCAAUCAAUUAAGGAGGUUUAGUGUGGAUUUAAAUGGAAGUACUAAUUCUUGGAAGCCUCUAACUUCUCCUGGCAGAAAAUGUCUAGUUCCCUCAAAAUCUUUAGCAUCUAAUUUUGAAGAAACCAAAGUAAUCUCGGAAAAAGGCUCUGAGGCCUCUACUAUAAUUGAUCUUGUCUCGGAGGAUUCCUCAUCUUCAAUUCAUGAAGUCAGGAGUCGCUCAAACAGACGUGAUUCAGAGAACUCCUGCGUUAGUUCAGAGCUUAUGAGCGAAGAAUCCUGUAGUUCAGAGAUCGCUCGAUGUUUUGACCAAGAAAAUCAAAAUUCUGAUGAAAAUUCCAAUUCAAACGACUUACAGAGACAGAGUCCAGCCACAGAUGUGCUGGAACGUGAGGUAACAAAGACGCAUGACUCAGGAAUCGGAACCUCGGAUGAUGGAGUUUCUAUUAUGGAUGAAUCAUUCAUCCUUAAACCAUCUUUUGUGAUUCCUCAUGAAGACUCUGAUACUGACAUCAUUGACGGCGAGGAGUGUUUCAUUGUUGAUGUUCAGUUCAUCCCGGAUGAUGUCUAUGAACGAUUACAGUCGCAGCGCAUCCAUCCAGCAGAGAAGCCCAUUGAAGCCACUUGCGAACUGUGCAAUACAGCAUUUACUGCUAGACCAAAUUUGUAUUCGCAUAUGAAAGAGAGCCACAACUUCGACAGUAUAUACGAGUGCGUUCAUUGCGGUCAAAUAUUCAAUGUCAAAGCAUGUCUAGUCUAUCAUCUAUACGCUAAACUGAGUUUGGAUGCGGAGAUGCCAGUAGAUGAAACUCACUUAUGUCCCCAGUAUUCAUGUUCGGAAGGAGAUUUCCAAAAAUCGGAACUGACAUUUUUAAGAGAUUUUUGUUCGAACCACUCCAUGCUUCAUAGUCAGUUGUUAAAGUUUGAAAUCGCAGACCAGAACCAAAAGCCUAUCCCAAAAAUAGAUAGCAUUAGUGGAUGUGUCACGGAACUCCAUUCUGAAUGUGACAAAGAACCUCCCACAGCCAAGUGCCUGAAUGAAAGUAAUCACAACCGCCCCGAAAGUGCUCUAAGAACAAAUUGUGGUAAAAAGUCGAAGCUGGAAAAUCUGAAACGAAAGUCAACUGUCAAGGGAAGAAUUUCAAGAAAAAAGCAAAAGAAUGAUCAGAAUGAAAGCAAUUACAUAUGCCACUUAUGUAACGAAAACCAUAGCAAUAAGAAAGGACUUUUUAAUCACUUUGAGAAUUGUCACAAUUCUAUUUACUAUUAUGAGUGCAGGCUGUGUCAAAAGCUUUUCCAGAAUUCCACUAGUUUUGCCUCGCACUAUGUAAGAAAAGAGUGUGUGAGGUUAAAGGAGAAUAAAAAUAGUAGAUGUGAUAUUUGUGAUAACAUGUACAAAAAUCGCCAAGUUAUGCGGAAGCAUAAAAUGAACCUUCAUAACCUUUUUAUUCCUCUAGAACUCUGUCCAUUUGUCGAUUUUCUCACCAAAUUUGAGUCUAGUGAAUCGUUUGUUAAUUGCAUCUUCUGUUACGAGUCUUUCUCUUGUUGGGAUCAAUUGGUAGACCAUGAGCGAGACUUGCAUGAUUAUUUCACUUGUUUUGAACCUUUUUGUUCUGCCAAAUUCUUCUCAAAAAGUGAGUUCGAGAAGCAUCUGUUCAUUCAUUUUGCUCCUGGGGAAAGUAGUUUUUGCGAGUUUUGUUCCAAAUUGUUCUUUACCAAACAAUACUUAGAAAAACACAUUAGAGAUCAUCUAACAGGUUAAGAAUUCUCCUCAAACUCUCUCACACACUUGCCUGCCAAACUUAGUUUCCAUUUUUUUUUUAAAACAAAUUUUAUUUAAAACUAUUGUAAAAAAAAAUAUAUAUAUUAUGCCUUGUAGGUAUCUAUCUUUAUGAAUUAAAUUUACAAAGGUAUUAAGAAACAAAGUAAUGUUAGAUAAUACAGAUUAUCUAGGAGAACAGGAAUUUUGGAUCUCUGUCUUUUGUUUCAAGAAAAAUUUUCUUUGAACUUUUUUUUACAUUAAUUUCUUUUAUCACUGUAAGAUAAAGGUGAAAUAGCUCUAAGCAGCGUCAGCUCUUACUGAAUCUUUCUAAAUUUUCAUUUUCACUUUAAGUGUGAAAUCCACUUUCACAGCAGAGAAUUUUUCUUUGCUAAAGUUUUACGGAUGAGGUCAAAGAGUCAUGAUAUGACGUGUGCCAAUCCAAAUUGUACUGUCAAUGAAGAUUUCAGUUAAAAAAGUGAUGCCGUGUUCCCUUUUGAUGUAUUCUUUCUUGUUCUUAUACUGUUAUCAUAAUUUUUACCAAAAUUUAAUCAUCACAUUUGCAUCGCAUCAUUUUCAAAAAAUUGCUUCGAUCAUUUGUGAGUUUGAGUUCCAUGAAAUGACAGUAGGUCACAAAAAAUGAGGUCGAAAAUGAUUUUCCAUAUGUCUUCUUUUGUUACCUACCCCUUCAAGAUGCUGUAAUUUACCAAAAGAAAGUUUUGGAUACAGAUGUUUUUAGAGUAUUAUCGGUUAAUCUAGUUCCAAACUUAAUUUUUCCUCAGAAAAUAGGAACUAGCUCUCCUUUCAAAGUAUUUUUAGAGACUCAGUCUUCUUUUAAAAAUCAUUGUCAAUUAGUCUUCUUUUAAAAAUCAUCGUCAAUUCAAUAUCCUUUUUUGGAUCUCGUAUCAUUUUUUUCUUUCUUUAAAUUAGUUUACUUUUACAUUCCUGACUUAAAGUUAAAUUUUUCCCCAAAUUUUCAGCAGUACAAAGAUGAAAUUCUUCGGAAACUAGUAUUUUUUUUAUGUCUGUUGGACGUUAAAGCUGCUCGCUAGAAGUAGAAGCUUCAGGUAGAGAUGUCAAAAUUGUAAAACGUAAGUAUCUCAAAUCCUACCACUGAUUCAACUUUUUUUCUUCUUCACCCAAGCAUCACAUCAUUCCAGCAAGAAACCUUUUUAUUAUUUUUGAAGCCAAAGUGUAUUUUUGAAGCCAAAGUGUAAAUUUAACCGACUGCUGCAAUAUCUUUAGAAUUGCUGUUCUGAUUUAAAAUCAUAACAAUUUUUUUUUCGUCAUCUCUGCAGAGGUGUUUAAUUUGCUGAUUGUAAAAAUUACAUAUCAUUAUGCAGUAUGGAACUAUCUAUGUCGAAAGUUUUGAAGAAUGUCAUAUAUGUAUGUACAAUAUUUCAAUAUGAGCAUGGAAGUAUCCAAUAAUAAGUGAAUGAAGCCCUCUUUAUCUCCCUUCUUUACUACUAAAUCAAUCCUUUAAUGGAUCAAUUCUUUUCAAGGUAGAUUGUUCCGCACUGCUCCAUGACUUAUAAUAGUUUAUCAGAUUAAGACAAGUAACUCAAUUAAACCAAGAUAUUUUCCCCUGGCUUUAAGGCAAAGUGAACAGAUUGAGGGCAAUUUCUAUCCUGGCUUAUACUGUAAGGUCAAGUAGCAUCAUUUUGAGUUGUGGUGGAGUGGGUCAAUUGUAAGUGUCUUGGUAACAGGUACUAAUGGGCAUAAAGUAUAGAGAAGCAAAUACAAGGUGAUAAAAUAGUCCCGCACCACCUCCAAAUCCCCUAGGGUUCUUGUCCCUUAUCGGCAUGAUCCCCUUCAAAUUUUGAAGGAGCUCCGAAAAUCAUUUCCUUUGACCUAGAAGCACUCGCUAAAUUUUAAGUCUCCAUCUCCAGUUUUUCAAAAGUUAAUGGAGUGAUUCCUGGUCCUGGAGCAGCGGGGCUUUUGGAUCAUCUUGUAUAAUGAGAAUCAUUCCAAAGUUAAGUUCUGGGUCCAACAGAUAACAAAAUAUUGUCCCUCGUAACCAUAAAAAUACAACUUAAUAUUAAUAAUAAAAAAAACAGUGGUCUAUCGUGAUUUUUUCAAGUCGAAACAAUGAAUCAAUGAAUAGAAAAAAGGUUCUUUUCCUUGUGCAGCUAACCUAGAAUAAGUACUUCAACAAUAGAAAUUUGCUUUUUUUUUUAAAGAAGUUUUUAAGUAAAAAAGAUGAUGGAUAUACUUAACAUGUUUCAGAGAUUUUUUUGCUCUAUCUCUCUCUCUCUGAAAAGAAUUAACAUUUCUAGAAGAUUUAUCGUUUCGUUUUUUGUUUUCCAAUAUUUCCUUUUUCAUUUGAUUUAAAGUUUUUAUUUUUUUACUUUACGGAAAGACCAUUCUGUUAGCAACGAUUCCCGCAAGUCAGUAUUACUAUUUUUUUUAAACCCAUCACAAAUGAACAUUUCCAGAAAGGCACCGUGGCUCAGUAAAUAUAACCAACAAUGAAAUAAACAGAGCCCAGUAUUGCCAAUUUAUGAGAAUUGGAACUGAAUGCGCAUUAAUUGUUAAAUCGUUGUUUCUCAGAUGAAGAAAUGUGAAUCCAUCCCGAGGUUGCAAAGUUGACUAAAAAACUACAUUUUCAAUAAGGAUAAAACUGCGCUUUUCGUUCAGAAGUUUGCUGAAUUUUAUGUGUAAUCAGAGAAAAAAUCCAUGAAAUUGUCAGUUAGAAACGCCCAACAGUUUCCUAGUAAAAACCUAAUUUUUCAUUGAGAAUUUUGUGACACUUGCGUGCAGUCAUGUUUUUUCAUUCGAGAAAUGAUGAAAUCACAAAAAUGCCAAAAAUCGUCUGUAACUUGGAAAAAAUUUCGUCCCCUUUUGCUCGUUUGUUUCGGCAGAUGUCCAUAAAUAUCAUUUGAAGUUGCCUCUAGAACCUAAAUGAGGUUUUAAUCAUGAAAGGAAUCAAUCCCAAAUUGAUUUAAUGUGUCAGAAAAGUUCAGUAGUUUUCAGUUCAUUAAGUUGAUCUUAGAGUAAACAAUUUUUAGUUCUGAUUUUUUUUAUCACAAAUGACUGAUUUUAAUCAUUGUAUCUUGACAUAGUCUCCUACGUUUAAGGCUGAUGCGUUUGUAAGAGUUUUAGUCUUCAGAGACAUGAUAACAUUGUGUCUACAAAAAGAUCUUUGUAUUGAAUAGGUAAACUUCAGAAAUGUAUUUUAAACGGAGAGUACAAUCUUGAUUAGGCUUGUUUGUCACAUGUAGGGUCAAGUGAUGAACUGGCGUUGGUACGCCUCUAACUUUAAGAACCCUGUUUUUUUUCUUGCUCACCCUUCAUGGGAAUUUCAUUUUUACUCAAUUUGUUUUUUUUUAUCUAAUUCGACCAGCGCAUGAUUUUUAAGUUUUGAGGGUGUACAUAAAAAAUCUUUUAUAUUUUUUGUUCAUUAUUAAACAUGUAAAAAGUUGAUUUUAAGUAAGUUUUUUUCCCCUUCUUUUUUCUGUAGAGUACUUAAGUUAUUAUACUAUCAAUUUUCAUAAAAGGACCGUGCUGUAAGUUAAUAAAGUGUUUUGUUACUGCAAU